UUUGCGCAUGCGUGAUUGCCUGUCAACACACGGUCAUGGAGGGGACCAUGCAAACACAACCACCUAGUGAUCCCGGUGGACAAGGCAGCGAUGGUAGAGUUGACAGUAAAUCUCGCUACGACUGGAAGGACAUUACUGAGGAGUUCAUGUCAUCGGCGUCAGCGCUACAGAUGGGAGAACUCCUUCAUGACACAAACUUUGGCUUGUUUGAAGCCAUGUCUGCCAUUGAAAUGAUGGAUCCUAAGAUGGAUGCUGGGAUGAUGUGUAACCAGAUUCAGAGGAAAGUUCUCACAUUUGAUUCUGCAUUAGAGAGUGGUGCUAUUAAGAUAAAAGAUCUGAGUAUUCCUGAGCUGAUAGGGAUCAUGGACACAUCCUUAGCUUGUUUGGUAACUUGGUUGGAGGGCCAUUCCUUAGCUCAGACUGUGUUCACCAACCUCUUUCUACACAACCCCUACAUGAUAGAUGACAAAUGUCUGAAAGCAUUCAGCAUUCUGAUGCUGAAACUCGUGGACCAUAUCAGAGACAGGGUCAACAGGGCAGGGGUCUUUGAAGAGGAAGAUUUCCAAAGUCUGACCUAUGGUUUCAAAAUGGCUGCUGAUGUGACUGAUGCUAGAGCCACAGGGAUGAUGAAGGAGGUGGAAGAUGACCUUAACAGAAUCAUCAAGAUGACAAGAAGUAAAGUAGGAGAGGAGAGGGAUGCCCAGACAGAGCAAGAGCAUGAGAUAACCAAUGCCUUGUUUUCCCGAGUCAAGUUCUUCAGACUCUUUCUGACGGCUCUUCUGUCUUUCAGUAAAGAAAAGUGUGAAGGUAUACCUCAGGCCCAAAAGCUGAUUUGCCAGCUUCUAGAGCUACUGCCCAUUAUUAGGGAUACCAUCUGUAUGGGCAUUCAGCCUGAUAACAAGGAAGUGGGUAAGAAUGAUUAUCCAACGAUCAUGGGAUUUGAACCACUUGUUAAUCAAAGAUUGUUACCUCCAACAUUUCCUCGAUACACCGUGAUUCGUAGUCGAGAGGAAGCCUUGGGUCACAUCGAAGGUCUGCUAUAUCGGCUGCAGAUUGUGACCACAGUUCCAGAACUCACAACUUUCCACAUUAUAAUGGAAGCUUUCCAAGAAUUUAGUAAAUCCUCCCCCUGUGUUUUAUCCAGGUCCAUAUUACAGUUGACACUGCUUCCUGUCAAUAAGCGAGUGUUUGGAGUACACACCAUGGUAGAUUUCCUCAAAGACACAAUCAGAAACUUCAUAGCACCUCCAGUACUAAGCCAGAAGUCGGCCCUUUACAAUAACUCCCAGGCCAAGCAGUAUGUGGAUGCCUGGUUUGUUCAGGUGGUGCGCCCAUUUACUGCCCUGGUCCAGAUAACUGGGCAUAACCGGGCACGACAGAGGGACAAGUGGGCACACAUUCUAGAAGACCUGUCUGCUUUACAGGAAGAGGCCGACAAGGUAGAUGCUUGCCUGCAUCAGAUGCUGACAAAGAUGGAGCCCAACCGCCAGCACAUUGCCUGUUUGGGAAACUGGGUCCUGUACCACACUCUUCAGGCCAUGAUCAGCUACCUGCUGGCGGGGUUUGAAUUGGAGCUGUAUGCCACUUAUGAGUACCACUAUGUCUAUUGGUACUUGUAUGAAAUGCUAUACUCCUGGCUGAUUAAUACACUGCACAGAGCCGACAACUUCUUGUUAGAAAAUGAAACCAUGGCAGAUAGCCAACAGAAAGGAAGAAGUAACAAAAAGAACAAGAAGAAGAAAAGAAUCAAAACCUUGAACAAAGAGAUCACCCUGGCUCAGGCCGGGCAGCAGAUGUUUGGGGGCUACUACAAGGCAGUAAUGGGGUUCCGGUUGGACGGUAAGAUGCAGAUGCCUGAGUUUCAGUUUGAUUGUGAGGAGGUUCGAUACUCGCACAGGUUCCAGCCAUUCACCAAUGUGUCAACCCCUCCCUAUAUACCCUAUGUUCAAUACAAGGAGAUGUCUGAUUUGAAUCGCUAUGAACCAGAUGCAACUGCUGUAAGCCUGUAUGGAGCUGCCUGCAAAUGUUUUCACCAGGCUAAAUCUUUACUGGAAAGCUUCCAUAACCCCUCAGAAGAGGUUCAAGCUAUGAUCAAGGUGGCCAAAGUGAAUUUUGUGGUAAUGAAAAUUUUAAUGGGAGGACACAAAAAAGAUUCACAAGAACCGCCAGUCUUUGAUUUCACAUCACACCCUGUGUAUCCAACCAUUAAAAUGGUGUAGCUGAAAUUGGGUCCACACUGGUCACAUGACAGGAAGUCAUCUGAUGCCAAAGCAGGAAAAAACUUAUAAGGAAACUUGUUUAGCUAUAGCUAUCGGAAGUCUGUGAAUUGUAUGUUGAGUUUGUGAUAAGUGAUAACAUGUGAGGCAAUAAAUAGUUUUACUGACAAAUCUG